AUGGAAGACAUCGAAUUAAAUGACAUUGAUAAUUAUGACUGGGAUCCUUGGGAAGAUGGUUAUGAGGAAACUAAUUUAAAUGAUGACGACUUGUACGAAACAGGAUUGGAAGAUUUAGAUAGACAAGAUGACGAAUUAUGGAUGAUGGAUUUUAAAAGAAACAACGAAGACGAUACAUUUAAAAAAAGAAAAAGGGAAACUAAUUUCCUGUAUACGACCGGAUCAUCCGUUGACUUAAAAUCUGAAUAUAUGAAAAAACUUUUUACAGAAAAUUAUAGAUUGAAUCCGAACGACGGACCGAAUUCCAAAGAUCUAUUUUCUCGACUGGAUGUUGUCGAUAAGUAUUGGUUGACGUUCGAUAAUGUUAAAGUCGCAACCAUCGAAAGAAAUGGAGAUUUCAGAUUCUCGAAAGAUAAAAGAUUCGAACAAUCCAUCAAAGAUUUCAGAACUACCUUCGAAAAAGCAACGGAAGAACAUCGAAAAACAUUAAAUAGUAUUACGGAAGAAGAAGGAGGAGGUGAAAAUACCGAUGCUAUUUCUGACGAUGUCCGUGAUGAAAUUCAUCGCGAAAAUAUCGACGAGAAUAUUGAAUUUCACGACCGGGUUUUACAAUUCCAUAAGGAUGGGAAAUUUACAGAACAAGAAACAAGAGAAUUGGUGGGAAUUACAAGACCCAAAGGAAAACCCGAAGAAAGAAUAAAAUUUUUGAAAAUAGAACGUGAAAAAAUCAAACAGGAUUCACAAACUGAAUCCGAUCCAUCAAGGAAAGACAUUUUUCGCGAAGCCAUAGAAAUUAUCGAACAAAAUAUCGACGAUGCAAAAUUAGAAAUGUUCGAACGUCCCGAAUCCGAAGAAGGGAUUCAUCGCGUUCGUAAAAAAGUACGCGAAGAUACGCGUACAAAAUUUGAAAAAUUUAAACGAUGGGCUAGGGAAAAUUUAGGAAGUAUUGCUGCGAUCGCUAUUUCUAUACCCGGUAUUAUUACGACCGUUGUCGUCGCUGGAAAAAAAGACGUUGGUUGGGGCUGCAAAAGGGGUAGGUGCAGUGGGAAAAGCCUUGGCUAA